AUGGCAGAAAACGGUUCAUCGGAACCGGCUCAACAUGAUGAAAACACGCGACCGAAUGCGGUACCAGUUGCGGUACCGAUGCCGGUUCUUCAGCAGCACGGCGAGGUUUUUGUAGGCCCCGGUGCGCAAAAAGAUGCGCAAAAAAUUGGUCUUGGCCUUUCAAAACUUAGCUCAAGGCGGAAAGAUGAUAUUCAGAUGGCUAAGAAGUAUGCUAUGGACAUUUCGAUCAAGCAAAUCUUGCUUCGCCAGCAGAAGCAACAGCAGGAAAAUCAACAAAAACAGCAAAUGUAUGCUCAAGCGCUUUCAAUAAUGUCACGAAUUUACGUUGGAUCAAUAUCGUUUGAAAUACGCGAAGACAUGCUCAAAAAGGCGUUCGAGCCAUUCGGUCCCAUUAAAUCGAUAAAUAUGAGCUGGGACCCAACAACUGGUCAUCAUAAAACGUUUGCGUUUGUUGAAUAUGAAAUUCCGGAAGCUGCGAUUCUCGCACAAGAAUCCAUGAACGGCCAGAUGCUCGGAGGAAGAAACCUGAAAGUUAAUUCAAUGAUGUUCCAAGAGACGCGAAUGCCACAAAACAUGCCGCAGGCGCAGCCAAUUAUUGAUAUGGUGCAGAAAGAUGCGAGGAAAUAUUUCAGAGUUUAUGUGGCUUCGGUGCAUCCAGAUUUGUCUGAAACCGAUUUGAAGAGUGUUUUCGAAGCAUUCGGAGAAGUUGUCAAAUGCCAAUUGGCUCGAAACCAACUCGGUAGAGGUCAUAGAGGAUUCGGAUACAUCGAAUUCAACAACGCGAACUCGAUGAACGAAGCAAUCGCCGGAAUGAAUAUGUUCGAUCUCGGAGGACAGUUUUUGAGGGUCGGCAGAUGUGUGACACCACCGGACGCGCUCUCGUAUCUCCAACCAGCAGCGGCAUCAGCAAUUCCAGCCAACGUGUCGGUCGCGUGCGCCGCAAUUACCGCGAAAGUGAUCGCCGCCGAAGCUGUUGCCUCGCCGAAUGCUGGAUCGGAGGGUAGUGGAUCUCGUGGAGCUAGUCCAGCUCCUCGCUCAUUAUCACCCUCGACUCCAUCAGCGUCGCUGCCAAGUGAUAUUGAUAAUAAAUGUAAUUUGUCGUCACCGGUAACUACUGAACCAUCGUCUUCGGUUGAAGCGGUUGAAAGUCAUCCAACUCCGCCCAGAGAAAUUAAAGAUGAGCCUAUGGAUAUUGAUGAAGAGGAGCCGGAACCGCCUAAACCUGUUGUGGUCCCGCCGCCGGGACUAGCGCUACCUAAAUUGAGCUCUGUUCCUCCUGUGGCCAAUGUUGCACCGCCUGGACUAGUCGCCCCACCAACUAUAGUUGUUCCCAAACCCUCGUUUGUACAUAAUCAGACAGUUCCGAAAGUCGAGCCGAAGACUGAGGCUCCAGAACCGAUUGCUCUAACAAAUGGCGAGAAGGUGAAGCUCUCGACGGCGCAAAGAAAGAAAUUGAAGAAGCAGGCUUUAAAUCAGAUGUCAUUCCAAGAGAAAAUGAAUCAGGUGCUGAGUCAGCAAAAAGGAUUCCAGGAGGAGAAGCUCGCUGAGCCGGUGACGUUUGGGGCGCUUGACGACCAAGUGGCGUGGAAGGAUCCGAGUAAAUCCGAGGAUCCGGAGGGUGAAAUGUUGGCGAUCAUGGGACCGGGACGAGGCGGCGACAAUGUGCAGAGUCUGGCUCUGGCGAUGAUCGAUGGCGGCGGCGCGCUGAUGUUGGCGAAUAAGAAGAAGCAGGAGGCGGCGGCAGCGGCGGCGGCGAAAAUCGAACCGAAGCAGAAGAGGAAGCGGGUUAAAGAGGGAAAGAAAAUCCAGCCGAAGUUGGGAACAGCGCAAGCAUUAGCAGCGGCGGCGAAAGCUGGUGAGAUGUCGGACGCCCUUAAAAACGAGGUGAUGAAUAGUGAAGAUGCGUCGCUGGCUUCACAAGAAGGACUAGAGAUUCGCGGAAAUGACGCGAGACAUUUGCUGAUGACAAAAUUGAUGAGAACGAAUCGGUCGUCGGUCAUCGUUCUUCGAAAUAUGGUGAAACCCGAGGAUAUUGAUGAAUAUUUAGAAGAAGAGAUUAAAGAGGAGUGUAAUAAAUACGGACUAGUUCAAGAUGUUGUGAUUGCGAAUUUCGCCUCCAGUGGAAUUGUGAAAAUUUUUGUUAAAUUUGCCGACCCAACACAGGUUGAUGCAGCUAAAAAUGCGCUUGACGGACGAUUUUUUAAUGGGAACGUUGUCAAAGCGGAAGCUUAUGAUCAGAUUUUAUUCGAUCAUGGAGAUUACACGUCUUGA